CUCCCUUCAGUGGAAGCAGCAGCAGUGGCAAUGGAGAGCAUCCUGGAGCUUCAGAGGGACAGCAGAUGGGCACAGAAGGCCAUGCCUUUUGAGCCACAGAAAUGAGUUGUAAGUGCAGCAAUUACUCAGGCCAUGUCCACACUUACAGGGAAUUGACACUGCUGUGAUCGAUGCAGUGGGGGUCGAUUUAGCAGGUCUAGUGAAGAGCGCUCUCCGGUUGACUCCAAUACUCCACCGCAACGAGAGGAGUAAGAUAUCACCAUCCUCCACUAGAUCAAGGAUGCCACAGACAGAACAGAGGCCUUCUUGAUGCAGCAAGGAUAUCACUCACAGAGAAGAAGCUCUUCACAUGGAGCAAGGACCAUGGACAGAUCAGAGAUGAUUUCACGUAAACGUGAAGGAAAAAAAAAUCCCUUUUUGUCUGCUGCAGUUUUAUUAGCGAUUUUUGUAACCAGCAACAAUGGAUUCUUUCUUUCACAAGGAAAUACAAACUUUUACAAAAAAUAUGCACAAAGUUUCCUAUUGCUGUAACAUUUCUAAGGAAAUUCCACACAUAUAUCAGAAAUGGAUGUUUCACAGGACAAAAGAACAGACACAUCCCAUUUGGAUCCCUCAGGUGGAGAUCGAUGAGAUAGCGUGUCCCAUAGAGCAAAGAAGGACUCAGUUAUCCACUUACAUUAUUCCCUGAUAUCCCCAGGAGCAAAAGGUAGAGACAGGAAGCAUGCUGAGCCCUUGAUACGGCUCUUACAGAGUGACUUGCAGACCAGAACCACAUUUAAAAGCCCAGCAUAACCCUCUGGAACCUUCUGAGACAAAGCAGCAAACCCACCACAGAGCCACUGUUCCUCGAGAAGCUACAGAGGACUCUACAAAUAAUAUGCAACUAUCAAAUCUCAUACUGUUCAAUAUGAGACCCACUCUAUGCUACUAAAAUAAAGACACAGGAUCACAAGCAGAAGCCACGGAAUAGUUAAGAGUGGAGUACCGGAGUCGAUGGGAGAGCAAUCAGCAGUCAAUUUAGCAGGUCUUCACUACACCCAUUAAAUCAACCCCUGGUGGAUCGAUCGCCACAGCGUCAAUCCCCAGUGCCCAGCUUGAUAUCCUGAGGUCUGAUUUGCAGAUGUGCUGAGCAUUCAAAGCUACAACUGAAGUCAGUGGGAGCUGUGCUUUGAACAUAGAAAGACAAUUAAAGACAAGUGGAAUUAAAGUGAUUAGAAGACUUUUCAAGUGUGAGAGCCUCUAUAGGAACAGAGAUGAAAAUUACCAACACUGCUCUAUUGGAAAGGAAGAAGAAUGGACCUAGAACAUGAUAGAAAUUACUGCAAUUUGAAUAACUAACUGUGGAAUUCCCUGCUACAGGAUAUUGUUGAGAAUUACCGCAUUGGUGGGUGAAGAUUACAGACUAGAUGUAAUAUAGUUGGAUAAUCUUGUGUGAUGCUUGGAUAGGAAGGUGAUACACACUUUAGAAAUAUUUAAAGUUAAUAAUGCUUGUGGGCUAGAGGUGGAAGUGACUGGGCAGAGCAACAUCAGGAAGACCACCAGGCUGGUAGAGCACAGCUGACCCCACACCAACUAGGGCAGCUGUUGAGUGGGAAGCAUGGAGGAAAGCAGGAAUGAGAAGGUGAACCAAGCCCACAUUCUCUUCGACAGAUUUGUCCAGGCCACAACCUGUAAGGGGACUCUGAAAGCUUUCCAAGAGCUUUGUGACUACCUAGAGCUAAAGCCCAAGGACUAUCGUUCUUUCUAUCAUAAACUCAAGUCCAAGCUCAACUACUGGAAAGCCAAAGCCCUCUGGGCCAAGAUAGACAAGAGGGGCAGCCACAAAGACUACAAGAAGGGGAAAGCAUGCGCCAACACGAAGUGUCUCAUAAUUGGGGCUGGACCCUGUGGCCUUCGUACAGCCAUCGACCUGUCCUUACUAGGAGCCAAGGUGGUGGUCAUAGAAAAGCGGGAUGCCUUCUCUCGCAACAAUGUGCUGCACCUCUGGCCAUUCACCAUACACGACUUGCGGGGCCUUGGCGCCAAAAAGUUCUACGGCAAGUUCUGCGCAGGAGCCAUCGACCACAUCAGUAUCCGUCAGCUCCAGCUCAUCCUCUUGAAGGUUGCCUUGAUCUUGGGAAUAGAGAUCCAUGUCAACGUGGAAUUCCAGGGGCUUGUCUAUCCCCCCGAGGACCAGGAGAAUGAGAGGAUAGGCUGGCGUGCACAGGUCCACCCAAAAACACACCCGGUGUCAGAGUACGAAUUUGAAGUGGUCAUUGGAGGAGAUGGCAGGAGGAACACUUUAGAAGGGUUUCGUCGGAAGGAGUUCCGUGGUAAGCUGGCAAUUGCUAUCACAGCAAACUUCAUCAAUCGCAACACCACAGCCGAAGCCAAAGUGGAGGAGAUCAGUGGCGUGGCCUUCAUCUUUAACCAGAAGUUCUUCCAGGAUCUGCGAGAAGCCACAGGUAUUGACUUGGAGAACAUUGUCUACUACAAAGAUGACACUCACUACUUCGUCAUGACUGCCAAAAAGCAGAGUUUGCUGGACAAAGGGGUGAUACUGCAUGACUACGCAGACACAGAGCUGUUACUCUCACGGGAGAAUGUGGACCAGGAGGCUUUGCUCAACUAUGCUCGGGAAGCAGCUGACUUUUCUACCAAUCAGCAGCUGCCGUCACUGGACUUUGCCAUCAAUCACUAUGGGCAACCUGAUGUGGCCAUGUUUGACUUCACGUGUAUGUACGCAUCAGAGAAUGCAGCGAUGGUGCGAGAGCAGAAUGGUCACCAGUUGCUCGUGGCACUGGUUGGAGACAGUCUGUUAGAGCCAUUCUGGCCGAUGGGAACUGGAAUAGCCAGGGGCUUUCUGGCUGCCAUGGAUUCUGCUUGGAUGGUACGAAGCUGGUCUCAGGGAACUAGCCCUUUGGAGGUCCUCGCAGAGAGGGAAAGCAUUUACAGGCUGCUGCCUCAGACCACCCCUGAGAAUGUGAGUAAAAACUUCAGCCAAUACAGCAUCGAUCCUGUCACACGGUAUCCCAAUAUCAACGUCAACUUCCUGCGGCCAAACCAGGUGCGCCACUUGUAUGAUACAGGAGACCUGAAAGACAUUCACCUGGAAAUAGAGAACUUGGUGAACUCCAGGACACCAAAGCUGACACGGAAUGAGUCUGUAGCUCGUUCCAGCAAACUGCUUGGUUGGUGCCAAAGGCAGACUGAUGGGUAUGCUGGUGUGAAUGUAACAGAUCUCACAAUGUCAUGGAAGAGUGGCCUAGCCUUGUGUGCUAUUAUCCACAGAUACCGUCCUGAUUUGAUAGACUUUGAUUCUCUAGAUGAACGCAACAUGGAGAAGAAUAACCAGCUGGCAUUUGACAUUGCUGAAAAGGAGUUUGGAAUCUCUCCUAUCAUGACUGGAAAGGAAAUGGCAUCUGUUGGAGAGCCAGACAAGUUGUCCAUGGUGAUGUACCUCACACAGUUCUAUGAGAUGUUCAAGGAUUCCAUCCCUUCCAGUGAGACUCUGGAUUUGAACGCAGAAGAGAAAGCUGCGUUGAUUGCCAGUACCAAGUCUCCAAUCUCUUUUCUUAGCAAACUGGGGCAGAGCAUCUCCAGGAAACGAACUCCAAAGGAUAAAAAGGAGAAGGAACUGGAUGGUGCAGGAAAGAGGAGAAAGACCAGCCAGUCAGAGGACGAGGAAGCCCCCCGAAGCUAUAGGGAGGAGAGGCCCACACUUGUGAGUGCCCUGACAGAAAGGAGAAUUGAUGCUGCUAUCGGGAACCAGAACAAGGUGAAGUCCAUGGCAACCCAGCUGCUGGCCAAAUUCGAGGAGAAUGCACCAGUGCAGUCCACAGGCUUACGGAGACAGGAACGUGUUCACAACCAGCUAUCCUGCAGACAGCGAGAGCAGGGCCGCCUUGCUCCCAUGCCUCAGUGGAAACAGCUGAGGACUAAGGAGCGUUCACGGACCUGCCCUAAAAAAGUGAUCAUGCUCUCUCCUUCCUCUUCUCCACCUUCCUCUCCAUGGUAUCCCAGCCAGCAGACAAACAGGGAGCCUGGUGCUGACCCCCCUGGGGAGCAGAGUCCCAGACAGGAAAGGAGAUCUCCUCAGGUUUUUUUUGGUGAACAAGUGCCUGAGCAAGCACUGAAUGUUGAGCAGAGGGCAUGUCAACUGGCUGCCCUCCUGGACCCGAGGCCGACAAUCAGGCAUCAGCCAGAGACUGAACCGUCUCGUCGAUUCUUUGUUGACCAGUGGGAGCGCUCCCUUAGCCUCCGCACUACCAGCCGCCCUUCUUCACCCUCCUCUGACUCUCUCCGACAGAAGUAUAUAAAGAUGUACACAGGCGGAGUGAGCUCAUUGGCUGAGCAGAUAGCCAAUCAGCUUCAAAGGAAAGAACAGCCCAAAACCCUUCUAGACAAGAAGGAACUGGGCUCACUCAAAAAGGAGUUCCCCCAGAAUUUGGGAGGCAGUGAUGUCUGUUACUUCUGCCGCAAGCGGGUCUACGUGAUGGAAAGGCUGAGUGCUGAAGGCAAGUUCUUCCACCGCAGCUGCUUCAAGUGCGAAUACUGCGCCACCACCCUGCGCUUAUCGUGUUACGCCUACGACACUGAAGAUGGUAAAUUCUACUGUAAACCUCACUACUGUUACCGACUCUCUGGUUAUGCUCAAAGGAAGAGACCAGCAGUGGGUCCUCUGUCAGGAAAGGACAACAAAGGAUCCUUGCAGGAAGCCAUGGCAGCUGAAGCAAGUGGACGGGCAAAUUCCAUAGCCAUUUCGGCAGAGAGGACUCCAGGUCCUAAUGUCAAUGGAUUGGAGGAGCCCAGCCUGGCCAAGAGGCUGCGUGGCACGCCUGAGCGCAUUGAGCUGGAAAAUUACCGGCUGUCACUGCAGCAGGAAGAGGAACUGGAAGAGGUUCCUGAGGAGACCCUGGCAGAGCAUAACCUGAGCAGUGUACUAGACAAAGGAACAGAAGAGGACGUGCCCAGCAGUAGUUCAGAAUCUGAGAUGGAGGAGGAGGAGGAGGAGGAGGAAGAAGAAGAAGAGGAGGAACCAGGGCAGCCACAGCUGCCCACCUCAGACCUGGGAGGUGUGCCGUGGAAAGAGGCUGUGCGAAUCCAUGCUCUUCUGAAGGGAAAGAGCGAGGAAGAGCUUGAAAGUCAGAAAAACCACGAGGCUGAAGACCGGGAAGAGGAGGAGGAAGAAGAGUCUAGUGAAGCUGGAAACCUGAGGCUACGGCAGAUUGUAAAUCCGAUUGAUCCCCUGGAGAUCCUGGCAGAUGUGCACUGGACACACAUCCGCGAGAAAGAGGAGGAGGAAAAAAUGGUCCCAAUUUCAAAGUCCUCCACCUCCAGAGCAUCCGACCUUCCCUCCGUACACCGUGAGGCGGUGCAGGCAUGGCUGGAGACGGUCUCUGGAGCCCCAUUUGAGGAGAAUGAAGUGGAGGAUGAAGUGGGCACAGAACCAGCAGAUACAGAAGGGGAAGCAGGCGAAGAUGGAGACACAGGUGCAGAGCUGGAUGAUGAUCAAAGAUGGUCAGAUGACACCCCAUCUGAUGCAGAAGAUGAGUGUCACUUACCUCAAGGGGACAUGGAAGAGCCAGAAUUGAAAGUCUCUGAGGAUGAGCGAGAGGCCACUGCUCCCUGCAGUCUGACAGAAGAUCCAUGCAAACCCUCCACCCCCAUCUGGUCACCCAAUGAGACCGCUGUUCCUCUGUCCCCAGUUGGUAGUCCCAGUGCAGAACAAAUAGAGAAGGCAAAGGAUCCCCUCAUGGCACUGCCCUGCAUGGACAAAUCUCCAGAGACACGCUUUUUUCCUGAACCAUUCCUCCUUGAAGAAAGUCCAAAAGAUGAAAUCCUUGAAGAUCAGAAAGUUAAAAGCCCUUCUGUCUCUCUCUCUCCAAUACGGUCCCAACCAGUUGCAUUGCCAGAAGCCAUCACACCUACAUCACCAGUGCAGUCUCAGGCAGCAACACCUAUGUUGGCUUCAUCCUCUCCCUCUGCCCAGUUGCCUAUCUGUUCCCAGCCUUUGCCAUCUGCUGAAGCAUCCAUUCCAUCUCCAGUGGAACCUCCAGUGUGCUUUCAGCCCGUACCAGCCUUAACAUCCACCCCUCUGGCCCAACUUUCCCUAAAGAGCCAAGAUAAUGAGGUGGAAAAAUUGGGGAGCCCUACUACUGCAGAAGAAGCCCUGAAACGGAAUAACCUCGUAGAGGAGUUCUGGAUGAAGAGUGCUGAAAUCCGGAGGAGCCUGGGUCUCACUCCAGUGAACAGAAGCAAAGGGUCAGAGCCUAGCUUCACUGUCUCAGCCCUUGAGUCAGCUCCGCUGAGUGUUUCAGAGGAGGAGGGGAUCCAUCUUCUAAAACCCCAGCCUGCCCCAAGAAGGCUGAUCAUGUCCAAACUAGACAGUGAGCAAAUGUGUCUGCUGACUCCAAAAUCUCCCUCAGACAAAGAGCUGAAGAGUUCCAAUGAAGUAAAGAGAGACUUAUCCAGCAGCUCUGGAUUGGGUCUGCAUGGGAGCUCAUCCAACAUGAGGACAUUGGCCAGCCAGAGCUUCAAUACAUCCGACUCCACUAUGCUCACUCCACCAUCAAGCCCUCCCCCACCACCUCCUCAAAAUGAAGCACCAGCAACUUUGCGUAGAAAGAGGCAUCAGACAAUUUGGCAGAAUGAGACAGAGUCUAAGCCAGCACCAGCACCAAUACCUCCUGCACCCUCACCUUAUGAGCACAACCCUCCUGCCAAAGAGUCAACCCAGGUCUCAAAAGAAGAAGUGCGGAAGUCAUUUGUGGAGAGUGUGGAUGAGAUUCCAUUUGCUGAUGAUGUGGAAGACACUUACGAUGAGAGAACUGAGGAUACAAGUCUUCAUGAGAAGUUCUUUACACCCCCUACCAGUAGGCCAAGGCCAGAGAAACCUCUUCACCUGCCAUUGGUCAAAGAGAAUGGUGGACCACCAUCCAUGGAAGGAGGAGCGAACCAAAGAAAGAGAGUGCUGCCUCAAAUCUCUCCAGAAGCCAAGGAGCUAGCUGAGGAAAGAAUGAGAGCCAGAGAGAAGUCUGUAAAGAGUCAGGCAUUGCGGGAUGCCAUGGCUAAGCAGUUGUGUAAAAUGAAAGAUCUGGAGGCAGCUGCAGCUGCUGGGGCCACCAAGGCACGAAAAGCCUCCUCCAUGCCCUUGAAGCCCAAAGAGAGGGUUUUUGAGUCCUCAGCACGUUUGGCCAUGAAAGUAGCAGAGAGCCCCACACUGAAACAUGAUGCUGCUAAUGAAAGGUUCCUCUCCCCCCCUGCUGACGUUGCUGGGCCCGAAGGGUCCGUCACCUCCUCAGAGGGCUCCAGUGGGAAAAGUAAGAAAAGGACUUCUCUCUUCUCCCCUCGUAAGAACAAAAAGGAGAAGAAAUCCAAGAAUGACAGCCGGCUUUCUGACAAAUCCGGUGGGCUGGCCGAGGAAGCCACCAAGCCCAGAUCAUUGUGGAAGUCUGUUUUCUCUGGAUAUAAGAAAGACAAGAAGAAAAAGACUGAUAACAAAUCCUGCCCUAGCACUCCCUCAAGUGGUGCCACAGUGGACUCUGGGAAGCACAAGGUCUCGCCAAUGGUUAGAGCAGCAGAUUUGCAGCUCCGUCGACACUUGAGUUUCUCAGAGGACUCUGACCUCUCCAGUGAUGACGUUCUCGAACGAUCUUCUCAGAAAUCCAAGCGAGAGUCGAUUUAUGUACCACACGCCCUGGCAUUCAAGAGAUCAUACUCGUCAAAGAGAGCCUACACUGAGGAGGAGCUGAACGCCAAACUGACCAGGCGAGUGCAGAAAGCUGCCCGGCGACAAGCCAAGCAGGAGGAACUAAAGAGGUUACACAGAGCCCAGAUCAUCCAACGGCAGCUGGAGCAGGUAGAAGAGAAGCAGAGGCAGCUGGAGGAGAGAGGGGUUGCAGUAGAGAAGGCCCUUAGAGGAGAAGCAGACUAUUGGGGAGAGUCUUAUUACAGUGACCUCAUCGACUUGCACCUGGGUGGCAUGGGGAAGAAGGAUGAUCCAAAACUGAUGCAGGAGUGGUUCAAGCUGGUGCAGGAGAAGAAUGCUUUGGUGCGCUACGAGUCUGAGCUGAUGAUAUUUGCUCGAGAACUAGAGCUGGAAGACAGGCAGAGCCGGUUACAGCAGGAACUCCGGGAGAGGAUGGCAGUGGAAGAUCACCUGAAAACAGAUGAGGAGCUGUCAGAAGAGAAGAGGAUCCUGAACGAGAUGCUAGAAGUCGUGGAGCAGAGAGACUCUCUGGUGGCCCUCCUUGAGGAGCAGCGGCUUCGAGAAAAAGAGGAGGACAAGGACCUGGAAGCUGUUAUGCUGUCCAAGGGCUCUAGCUUGAACUGGUCCUGAGCUAACAUACUCACCUCUGCUGGUCUGUGCUAUCCAGUUGGCCCAUGCUGAGUUUGCCAGAACUACCUGGAUCGAGAGAUCUUGAGGGAGAAACCUUGUUAAGGGUUCUGCAGCAUGCAGGAAUUCAGUUUGAAGCACCCAGAAGCCUUUUGACAAGUGGGUUUGGUUCUAGAGGCUUGGGUCCUGCACAACGUCUGCAAACCAAGCUGAAGACGAUGGCCUGAGAUUGUGCAGUCUCCUUGGGGUCCUGUACAAGGGGCCAUCAGGAUUUGUGAUAUGAGGGAAAAGGGUAAACUUUUUGUGGAGGGAUUUAUUACCUUUUAAUGGGGGAAAACCCUUAACCAAACUGGAUUUGCUGCAGUCUGAUCUCUCUCCCUUUUUCACUAUUAGCAUUUUUUAAUAAGAGGGAGAGAAAUGGCUACCCUCUCCUGAAAACCACAGCAGCCUGUAGCAGUCCUUGAGGGAGUUAAGCAGCUAAAGGAGAGCUCCCAAAGCCCAGAGCAGCACCUUCUUUGUUUUAUUGUUCCUCCCCACCAAAGAAACAAACCUGAGGCGAGCAUUAUGUAUGGAUGUGAAGGAACACUGGGAAGAGAAAACAUUGGUGGUGUGUUUGUUUGAAACCUCUUCUGUCCAUCCUGGCUUUUGCAGAGACAAGGGCCUCAGAGGACACAUGCUCACUCUCUCUAUCGUACUCUCCAGAGUUAUGCUUAUGAGAAGAAGAGUAGAGAAAGAGUGGGGAAUUCUCACCCACUUUGCUACACACUGGACAGAGAGCUACUGCUGGUCUUGUGUCUUCAUGGCCACUGUUCAAAGGCCAAUACGUUUCUCUGGUUUGUUUUUUGUUGUGACCAUUUUGACACUGGAAAAUACUGACUUUGUGGGACAAGGGUAAGUGUUUUGAGGGGGGAGAGGGGGGUCGUCAAACGGCAUUUCCCUGGCUUUUAAACCCAGAGAGGGAGCCACCUCUGGAUGAAACGUUGUUGGGACUCUUCCGUGUUUGUUUGUUGUUUUUCCCCUCUCUUUCAUUUUUGCACGUCAGAAAUGAAGCUUAAGACCUGCCUGGGUCCUCAGUCACCUUGACCCUUUUAUGUCAAUUAACUUAUUUUUUUAAUACUUGAAAGAAGAUUCAUUUUUGUACCUUUUAAGAAACAAAUGGACAAGUGAGUGAUGGGUGUGUGCCUGCUGCAUCCCACAAGCUCUGCUUCUAUAUUACAGGACUCUUGUUACCUGUGGCUAUUUAUUAGUAUUGUUAUUAAUAAUGUUAAUGUUACACUUCUUGGGUCGGGGAGGAGUGUGUGUUUUAACUCUAGGAGAGCAAGACACUACCACAGAUUGGUCCCUGCUUUGCAUACAGGGCAGACUUCAUGGACUCAUGUAUGCAUCCUGCCCUAGCCAAGUCCUUUUUAUGGUGAACUCCUGCACAUCCAUGGAGUUGUGAGAAUCCAGUAGUGUUCAUAGCAGAUUUUCCCUCUGUAUCCCGGAUUCCUUCUUUCUGGACUAACAAACCUGUAAUUUAUUUGAAUACCAUUAAUUGUUUGUAACAAGAAAACCAAAAUUGUGACCUAAAAAUUAUCCACCAAUGUCUCCCUUCCACUUAGAGGGUGAACCCUGCCAUUGUAAAAACUGCCUAGACUGACUUCCAGUUUAGCAAAUUAGGCACAAUUCUUUCUGCAUCUGCCAAAGCAGGCUCCUUUCUGCUCCACUCCCAGAGCUGCUGCCUUUGAUCCAGGAGGGUGCCCGUUGUUCUCCAACUUGCAGUAGUGGGCAGGACAUACAGUGAGCAAUCCAGCUACCAUGCUGGGAAGGACUCUGCCAUCUGUCACCAUUUGGCAGACUCCAAAAGUACACUACAUCCUUAACCUAUCCCACUGGGCAUAGGGCAUGAUGCCAGGCAUCCCUCUUAACUUUGAAUUUCCCAGCCGAGUUUGGUUUGUGUCACAUCCUUAGCAUGAUCCAUUGUUAGUGUGUUUUUCUCUGGGGUUUAAGCUUGAUUCCCCAGGUAUCUGAGAGCGAGUGUCCCAUUCCCAAACAAAUCCAUACAGUACCAUUGAGAUUGCCGACGCCAUAGCCUGAAGUACAGGCUGGUGAUGGAACAGAUACACAAUCAGUGGGGUCCUUCUCAUUUAAUCUUCUGCUGUAUCUGAAAGGGACUCUCCUUUCUGCUUUGGGGAGACUCCUUGAGUUACUCGCUUCCAGUGUUCAUAAAGGACAUGGAUCCUUCCUUUUUGGCCAUCUGCUCCCCCCAGCAGAAUCCUCUGGAUUCCUGUGGGAGCUUGGAGGAGCCCCAUGUCUGUUUUCUUGACUUCGCACCACUGUUAGGAACCCAUGCCAUGCCCACUGUACUUCAAGCAGAGGAGGAAUGGAUGGGACACUCUCCAGAGACCAUCUGCAAAGCUGUUUAGUUGGCUGCGGAAACAUACUUGCUCCCACUCGACCCCAGCCCAGCUAGCAGGGGCUGAGCAAGCUGUCUCCUAUGCUUCCUGCUCUUUCCAUCCCAGGAAGUAUGUGACCACAAAUUAAACCCAAGGUUUAGCACAGCAACGCAGAGAGCCAGCCACUAUGUUACUUAACAGUGCACAUGCUAGGUAUCCAGAGCAAAACUCCUGUGAAGUGCUGGCAUUCCCGUGGAAUGUCUGCACAUAGACCUUCACCCGCCUGUGUAGUGAAGCGGCAAGCUGUAGCUGCAGACCCAGCAGGGGGAGUUUACACACACAGUUUUUGUAGGUUGCACCACAAAAAUAGCGACUUCUCACACACAAAAAUUAGGGUGUCUCUUGCUGCCUGUUUUCCUAAAACCAGCCUCAACCCAUUUUAAUAGCACACAGUGUUUGAGGAACACAGCUGAUUUUGGACUGGAGAUCAUUAAAUACGCACUGCAAAUAAAAAACCAAAAAGCUACCCUGCCCUCCUCAUUUAUGCUGUAUAAAAAGAGCCUCUUGACAUAAUAUUUUUUAAAUUGCUGGUGGCUUGUUAUAGAAGAAAUAUGAGGUUCCCACUUUUCUCUUUGUGCUGGCAGACUUGAAUAGUGAUGUCACACAAGGUUCUAAUGUGACAACAGCCCUCCCUGCCCCCAGCUAAAAGGGUGGUGGGGAGAUGCGUGUUCUUAAACUCUGCAACCCUUCAGGUCUCACUGGCCUCAGAGGAGAAAGUAAGAACCUAAUGCACAUGUAAAAACAAGAAAAAAAGAAAAACAAUUUAAAACCAAAAUUGAGGCCUGUUUUACAUCAUAAAACUGUAAAGGGCACAAUUUGUAUUUGCAGUUCACUUAAAUUUUAAGAAAAUCCAUCACAUAAGCACUAGUUUUUAAUUAAAAAUAUUUAGUUUUUGGAAUGAAAUAUAGAGACUCUUGUCACAUGAAACCAUCUGGGUGCGUAUUUUCAAACUGCCUUCUUUGCAACUGCUUCUGAGCAAGGUGUUCUACAGAGCCGUCCCUUGGGUAGGGCGAAUCGGGGCAACCACCUUGGGGGGUCCCGUGGGCCAGCGCGAUUGGCCAGUGCGGUCAGUCGUGAAAGAGAUGAAUCUGUCACUUUCGCCCUGGGCCCCGCUCCCACCUAGGGAUGGCCCUGGUGUUCUAACUCUUCGAGCUAGUAGAGAUGGAUAACAACAAAACUGUGGCAAUGUUCAUUCAGUGAUACGUGCUGCCUUGAAUGUGAGGGAGGCCAAAGGCCUUCAGCCUCGGAGAAAUAUGCAUCUAUUAGUACAAGUGUGUGCCCCCAUAGAUGGUACUAACCAGACCACGGGCUGGCUCAGCAGUGAGGUGAAAGCUGAGUUUGGAACCUAAGCUCCAUGUCUGUUCCUAAACUGGCUGAGACUGGGGACAUGCAGGAGGCAGGGUAUUCAGUCCCUGGGGAGGAAGGAGUCCUAGGCUUCAGACUGCUCAGAUGUGGAUGGAGGACAAUCCAGCGCUGGGCUAGAGGGACUGGUUCAACCGAAUGUGAAGCCCUAACCCUUGCUGGGGAGAAGAAAGAAUAAAAGAGGAAACGGGGGUGAGGGAGAGUCCCCAACCAAAAGAAUUGGGUUUUUUAUUUGGGGCAAUACAAAUAAUUUUAAAACCGAUUUUCAAACUAGAAAUCUCAUCUCCUGGGAACAAGAAUAUCUUUUAAUAUGGAUUCCUUUUUAAGUAAUCACCAAUGACUGUAAAAGCCACCAGGGUUGUGUCCCAAGCUUCAACCCAAGCUGCUGCCCCUGUGAUAGGUGGCCUGAAGCUGCUCUUUGAAAAGAAACUUGCAUUUCAGAUGAAAAAUGGAUUUUAGGAAUUGGAAGAGAGGUAGGGGUCAAUUUGAGAUUUGAAAAGCAAACUGCAUUGACUAGGUAUAAUCCCUUAGGGUGUGUGUCUACCACAGUGCGGGGAGAGCCUCCCAGCCCGGGUAGACAGACACAAACUAGCUCUGCAUGAGCUAGCAUGCUAAAAAUAGCACUGUAGACAUUGCAGCACAGGCUAGCCACCCAAGUACAAGCCUGUCUGAGCCCAGAGGCUAGCCCCUGCUGCCACCCUUGCCGUAAUGUCCACGCUGCUCUUUUGUGUGUCUCUACCUGAGCUGGGAGGCACCUUCUGAGCUGCAGUGUGGACAUAACCUUAAUGCCUGAUCCUGCAAACAACAUACUACUGGGCAUAGCACUGACCACUGUGAGGAGUCCCUUCAGGGGGACAACACAUUGUAGUAAGUACUAUUCUUGAUAAGUCUUUGCAGCAUUGGGUGCUUAGCUAAAUAGAUGUUACAAAAUGUUUCAAGCCAGCUUCUAGAAUCCCUGUCACUUGUUCAGUUUCUCCAACACAUGGGGAUUAUCUUUCUCAGUAGCACCUGCCCCUUUGAUGCUGCGUCUCCGCUGGGAUCUCCUGAUGACUCAGAAUUGGGAAGUUCUAGAAUAUGAUAACAAAAAUACAUAUCUGUAUAAGACUUGCCUUACAACUUUGAAGCUUUCCUGUACUUUCCGAUGGCUUCUUGUUUGGUAAUUAAUUGUUUUUCAAUUCUGUUCAAGAUAUUUAACAUUUAUUUUUUACUCAUUUAUUCGUCUUCCCACCGAACAUAGGAUCUUUCUUCUUGUACCAUAGUCUCCGAGAACAGCUCCCACCUGAAGCAAGGUGAUUUCAGGAAUGUGAUCUCUGUUGGGAGCACAGUACCCAGUGUACAGCCCUUCCUGCUGUGGGCGGUCGCAUGCAAUGAGCUCCACAGCUUUUAAUUUCCAUUCUCUGAAAGUGAGCAUUAAAAAUAGACCUUGAUGGCCGUAUGCUUAGCUCCUGUGGUCAGUCACAAAUGCUCCCUCCCACCCCAGCCUCAUCCAGUAAUCCAGCCCUCCCCAGACAGAGUCUAAACUAUAACGAUGCAGGAAUAAAUAGGGCAGUAAUGUUUCACUAAGGAAAAACUCCUGAUAUCCUUUUCCUUUAAUAAUGUUGUUGCUUGUUCAUGACUGUAUUGGUAUGAGAAAAGUCGCUAUGGUUAAGUAAUCCUGAUUUUAUACGCAUGGCUGAUGCAUUGUGCCCUGAUUCCUUUGAUUAGUCUUAUAAAAUGAAAUUAAAUAAUCCUCAUCUUUGAGAAAUGGCUCCUUCUGCUACAGGUCUCUCUGCAUCAGAGAUGUUCUCCCAAUCAUUAGAAAGGUUAAACAUUCAUGAAUUGCCCAUGCAAUAACCACUCUGAAUCUUGCCCACCUCUUCCCUUUGUGAGUGUCUGAAAUCUCAGAGGUAGAACAGCAAAAGAGCUAAAUACUGGCUUCAUAUUUCCUAAUGCACUUUGUGGGCUGAGCUGAAGAACGCCUUGGGCCAGCUCACGGAGUGGCAAUGUGUGCUGCCUGGAGUUAAGUUCCCCUGUCCCUGGGAUGGGGUUCCCCUGAAGUACUGGACAGAGUCAGACUCCCCUGUACCUAAAGUGGGAACAGACCCCUCCACUCUGAGGAGCAAACUAAGAUGAGGCCAGUGCUUGUGCUCAGGGCUGGGAUCAGGUUGAGAAGAGGGAUCGUCCUUUCAGAGGGGCAACUCGGCAGCCUGUCCUUGUGCACUUGUGAAUCAUGAGAGUCAGUGCAACUUGGUGAGGCCCAAACCCUCUAAAGAGCUGUGCUUCCCUACCUAUACCAAGCCUGCUCUGGAGAUCAUUCCUCCAGAGAAAAACCAUGCAAAGGGAAGGACAUUAAUGUCUUUCAGCUCGAACUUCCAAAUACAAUUUUGUCUUUUUAACUUAACCAAAACUCCAUUUGUCCAAUUGGAGAGUGGCUCCUCUUCUUGCAAACUCCAUUGCUAAACAUAUCAAGAUAGGAUUAUAGAGCAACAGCAGGUUUUAAAACAGUCACGUGAAUCUGUUUUUCUCUCCCUCUGUCUCCGCAUUUCCUGUAAAUAUUUGUUUGUGUGUUGGCUGUACAAACACCAAUGGAUCCUUGGUUCACCCUGGUGGUCAAAAAAUGAGUUUUGCAGUGUCCAGGCCUCCAUCAGAACACAGUGCUUGCACAGAGCUAGUUAGCAUGUUUGUCUGCACUUCGUGGUGGUUUUUAAUAUUUUUAUACAUCCUAAUCAAGAACAUUUUAGAUCAUUUGAAAGGUCUAGAUUGCAUGAUCUGGAGCAGCCAUUGGUUCCAUUUUUUAACAGUUGAUCCUAAAACAUUCACCACCACUUCCUUUGGUUAAAACUUUUAAAAUGAAAUUUUGAUUAACUGUUUACAUCGGAUGCUGAUGGAUAAGAAGCAUUGCAUAAUUUAAUCUCUCAUAUGUAAAAAUGUGAAAAGCCACAACAUGGCUCUCAGGAGUUGGAACUGUUACCAUCUGCAAUAAAAAGAAGUCUCUAAAUAUACCAUGAAACGGCCUGUAUAUAAUUCAUGGGAGAAAUCACUUCCUCCUUGGCUGAUGCACGAUAACAGAGAUUAGACGCUUUCUGAACGUUCCUGCUUUUGGAGAUGCUUAGAACGGUGCUAUAUAGGCAGUGGAGUUGAACAGACAAGGGUGUCAUGAAAGGUGUAGAUGUGAAGGAGAAAAUGCCAUGUUAUGAUGGCACUGCAGUAAUUUAAAUAAUUUUCUCUCUCUCAUAUAUAUGUAUGUAUGUAUAUAUAUAUGUGUGUGUGUGUGUGUGUGUGUGAAGUCCAGUCCAAUUGAAGGGAUUUGCUUUGGCACCUUCCCCUUGGGAUGUGAGUGAACUCUGAUAUUCAGACUGUUCAAGGCUUUUAUAGUUGGUGAGUGUGGAGUGUUAACAGGAAAGUGUGUGCCCUACAUGUAUAAAACAUCCAGCCUGUUUUCUUUGGUUUGGUUGUGUUUUAUUUUUUGUUUUUUAUGCACACUUGCUUUGUUGGUGUUGAGAUUUUAGCACCUCAGGUGGCCAACUGAACUAAAAAAUAAAGUCAUUCAUUAUUUUUUU